AUGGCGACCUUUGUGAGCGAGCUGGAGGCGGCCAAGAAGAACCUGAGCGAGGCGCUGGGCGACAACGUGAAACAGUACUGGGCCAACCUGAAGCUGUGGUUCAAGCAGAAGAUCAGCAAAGAGGAGUUUGACCUAGAAGCUCACAGGCUCCUCACACAGGAUAAUGUGCAUUCUCACAACGAGUUCCUCCUGGCCAUCCUCACGCGCUGCCAGAUUUUGGUGUCUACCCCAGAGGGUGCCGGCUCCUUGCCCUGGACAGGGGGCUCCGCAGCCAAGCCCGGGAAGCCGAAGGGGCGGAAGAAGAUGUCUUCUGUGCGCCAGAAGUUUGAUCACAGAUUCCAGCCUCAGAACCCCCUCUCGGGAGCCCAGCAGUUUGUGGCAAAGGAUCCCCAAGAUGACGAUGACUUGAAACUGUGUUCGCACACAAUGAUGCUGCCCACACGGGGCCAGCUGGAGGGGCGGAUGAUCGUGACAGCGUACGAGCACGGCCUGGACAACGUCACGGAGGAGGCCGUGUCCGCGGUGGUCUACGCCGUGGAGAAUCACCUUAAGGACAUACUGGCAUCGGUUGUGUCCAGAAGGAAAGCAUAUCGAGUGCGAGAUGGUCACUUUAAGUACGCCUUUGGCAGUAACGUGACCCCCCAGCCAUACCUGAGGAACAGCAUCAUGGUGUACAACAGCCUGAUAGAAAGCCCGCCAGCCCUUCCUGCCUCCUGUGUCGGCCAGAACUCAGCGGCCCAGCCGCACCCCGAUGACGCGGAGCAGCAGGCCGCGCUCCUGCUGGCGUGCUCCGGGGACACCCUCCCCGCGCCCCUGCCUCCCGUGAACAUGCACGACCUUUUGGAAGCUUUGCAGGUGCACAGGGAAGUCAUUCCCACGCACACGGUGUACGCGCUCAACGUGGAGAGGGUCAUCACGAAGCUCUGGCACCCCACCCACGAGGAGCUGCGGCAGGACCAGGUGCACAGGCAGCGCCUGGCCGCCAAGGAGGGGCUGCUGCUCUACUGA